AUGGCGUCGUCACCGCCACUCCACCACCAUGACCGCCGCGGCGAGCUCAGCCUCUACCCACCUCUCAUCUCUGCGACCCACGGCCAUCAAAGCCACAGAAAUCUCAGCCUCUACCCGCCUCUCUUCUCUGCCAUCCCUUUCGGACCGUGCCGCUGCUUCUGCGUCCGCCGGAUCUUCCUCCACCAUCAUCACCAUGCCUUACACAGUCACCCUUUCCCCCCAUUGAUGCUUCCACAUUGGGACCAACAUCGUAUUGCCCCGUCUAGUGUUCCGCCUCCUGCCGAUGUUUCUUAUCCGAGGAGACAAUCCGCUGUUCGCGCCGUAGACGGAGGCGAAUUUGUGAAGUCGACUCUGAUUUGUGAGGAUUCCUUGUCGAAAAGGUUCGCAGCUGUUCUUCCAGGUUUCGAGUUAUUUCCGCUUACGAUUUGGACCAUUUUUUCCGUGAUCUAUUACUUCAUCGAUUCUUGGACUUUCUGGAAUGUUUUUAGGAGUGGCUGAUUUCGAAUUCCUUAUUGAUCGUGAUUUGAUUUUUGGGAAAAAAAAUAACCAGUGUUUUUUUUCCUGAGAUGUGAGAAUUCGAUUUUGUGUUAUCAUUCCAUCUGGGAACCUUCAGUCCGAUAUAUCUCGAUUGUCUCCAGGGACGAGACCAAUGCUUAUGUGAUUCACUCUCCUGUUCUUGGUGUAUGACAGAGUCCCCGGUUGUGCGUCCGUUGGUUCAGAGCAAACGUGGACGGGGCAGCUGGGAGAUGAGCUUGGAGGGGAAGAAAACGAGGAAGAAAAAGGAGAAGAUAUCUAUGUCUUGACUGAUGAAUGGGCGGAGUUCUUCGCAAAAUCAGAGGCUAAAAGGCAGCUAGGUAGACGUCAUCUCUUCCCCCUGUUUUUUUUAAUUUUUCUGUAAAUAAUACGACAAUAAUCAUACAUUCAACCUUUCUAUUCCCUGAGAUCACUGAAAGCAUCAUCCGCUCAUCUCAUGAACAGAGAGAAGGCAGAAAAAGAAGCAGAAUAAAGGAAGCACCUGA